AUGGCUUUGGGGCUAGGACAGAACUGGACACGUGUUCGAAGAGUGAUCCACAUGGGGCGGGGUGAUCCUUCAUGCAUAGAGCAGAUGUUGGGGCGAUGUGGAAGGGAUGGUCGGCCUGGUCUGGGUGUCUUGUUGGUUGAGGAAAAAAGGCGUGGUGGAAAAAAUGAAAUUAAAGACUUUGAUCUUAGUAAACCUCAGUCUGAUGAUGAUAGAAUGGAUGCAUUGGCAAUCACACCUGUAUGCCUCCGUGUGGCUCUGUGCAUUGAUAACAAGAAGGGCUACAUUCCUCUUAUGAUUGAUGAUCCAGCAGUUCUUGAAGAGCAAAACAGACAAGUCUCUGUAGGCAUGCCGGCUUGUAGAUGUUCCAAUUGCGACCCAGCCUUGGCAGAGAUGCUGAUUAAAAAUCAAAAGUACUCAACUUCAGAAAACUUUGAUGAUGUGUUAGUUAUGAAGGAUAUGAUUUUGUCUUCCCAAAAAAGUAGUGAUCAACCCUCCGAUUCAAAUACCAAUUCUUCAGCGCUCAUUGAUCCAGCGCUUUCUCAUCCACAACUUGUUGAUUUAACUAAUUCAGACACCAGUGCCACAAAAUUUGAAUGUCCCGAAGAAGAUUCUAUUCGUACUGAUACUGCUAUGCUGGCGCUCUUCAACCUGAUUGUGCGAAGUUUCAAUCAAAUGUUUAAUGAUCAAUAUGGCACCAAUUCCGACCUUACUCCCAAACUUUUGUUAAAACACAAGAAGAUCUGGUUGUUGACAAAGAAUUAUUCACAGCUUCUCAAUGGUCUUCAUAUCCGAUCAAUUCUUGGAACCGAACCAAUAGUUGGAACUUUUGAGAUGAUCUACCGAUCCAUUCAUCUCUGGAAGCAUAGUGAUAUAUAUCAGAUUCACAAAACACGAUUAGAUUGCACAGUGGAUCUGUGGCUCAAGGCAGUAAAAGACAAAGAAGAGAAAGCAAGGAAGCGAAAGGAAAGAGAAAAGGCUAAGCCCCAGAAGAAACAUAUCAAGAUUAGUAGUAAACCACAGAAACAAAAGAAAGAAGCAAACAUAUCCGCCAAGAACAAAAAGAGAGAUAUUUCAACUUCAGGCCGAGACGAAAGAUUGAACACCAUUCCAACCCCGUCGACCUCUGUACCUGAUUUGCUACGCCAAGCCAAAAAACCCAGAAAGUUGCCAAAUACUCAAAAGAUUGAUGGUGUUCGGGCAGAGCUGAGCCAACCUCGCAAACCCAACUUUGAUAAUAAUUUGUCUGGCUGCCAUCCUCCGAAUCAAAAUCACCAGCUUCCGCAACUCCCCACUUGA